AUGGCUUCCUCCUCCUCCUCUCCCUCUGAUUCAGCAGGCGGCAGCCAUUCACACAGCAGUCCGGUGUCUUCCGAGGUGCUCAUUGUGACGAUAUCGCGGUGCCUGGCACUGCUCUACAUCUACCAUCAGUUUAAGAAUCUCUACAAAUUGGGCUCCAAGUAUCUGGUAGGCAUUGCCGUCCUCUUUACCGUCUUCUCCAGCAUCAUCUUCUGCACUGGGGUGCUCAACUUUUUAAACGGCAACCUAAGUGUGGUCAACAAAGCUCUUCCCUUCUUCAUUCUGCUGUCUGAUCUGUCAAAAGCUAGUUUUUUGGCACAGUUUGCGCUCUCCUCUUCAAACAGGGAUGAAGUGCAUGAAAAUAUCGCUCGUGGAAUGGCCACCCUGGGGCCAUCGCUGACGCUGGACACACUGGCGGAGACGCUGGCUAUCGGCGUGGGGACCAUUACUGGCUAUCCAACGCUGGCGGAGAUUAGCUACUUCUCGUGCCUGACCUAUUUGGUCAACUAUGUCGUCUUCAUGACGGUUUUCCCCGCCGUCCUUUCAUUAGCAUUAGAGCAGUCUACGCACGCACGUGAAGGUGUGGACGCGCCCGUGUGGCAGUUUGCCUCACUGGCGAAGGUCCUCCAGCUGGAGAGUGAACACACACCGAACCCGGUCAUCCAGCGCGUGAAGGUGGUCAUGUCGGCCGGGCUGAUGCUGGUGCACACUCUGAGGAGGUGGCCACUCACCGCUGAUGUCACCGGGGAGAUGGGCUUUGGCCAGGGCACCGGAGGUGUCGGCGGCGUCGGCGGCGGCAGUAUGGACUCCACGGUGGAGCAGGCGUCCAAUGGUCUGGUCGGCUCGCUCACCAACACCGCCACCGAGCAGAUUCUCGUCAUUGGCUUUGUCUGCGUGCUGGCCAUCAAGUAUAUCUUCUUUGAGAACAUCAACAACGACGUGCCCAAUGGCAGUCAGCAGAGCCAACGGCAGUACUCGCAGUUUGGCGAAGAGAUGAACAAGAACUCGACGGCG